AUGCCCGGGCGGCUGCAGACUGCUUUGCGUAUCCUAGGCACUAGCCUCUUUGCGCUUCUGGUAUUAGGGGGGAUCUUGGCUGCAUAUGUGACUGGCUACCAGUUCAUCCACACAGAUCGCCACAACCUGUCAUUUGGUCUCUACGGCGCCAUCCUGGGCCUCCACCUGCUCACCCAGAGCCUCUUUGCCUUUCUGGAGCACAAGAGAAUGCGUUGCAAUGGCCAGACACCUAUAGGCACAUCAACUGUAGCCCUGUGCAUUGCAGCUUACCAAGAGGAUCCAGAGUACCUGCGGAAGUGUUUGCGAUCUGUACAACGUCUGUCAUAUCCAAACGUAAGAGUGGUGAUGGUGAUUGAUGGGAAUACUGAAGAAGACCGUUACAUGAUGGACAUUUUCAGAGAGGUCAUGGGGUCAGAGGGCACCAGCUGUUACAUCUGGGAUACCAACUACCAUGAAUUAGAGGAAGGCAGUCAGGAUGGCGUGAAAGGAGUGCAAGAGAUGGUCAAACUCUUCCCUUAUACUUGCAUUAUGCAAAAGUGGGGAGGAAAGCGGGAAGUAAUGUACACAGCAUUCCGAGCACUGGGAGAUAGUGUGGAUUAUAUACAGGUCUGUGAUUCAGACACCGUAUUGGACCCAGUGUGUACUGCAGAGAUGCUACGCAUUCUGGAGGAAGACCCUUUAGUGGGGGGAGUUGGAGGAGAUGUACAGAUUCUGAAUAAAUAUGAUUCCUGGAUCUCCUUCCUCAGCAGUGUACGGUAUUGGAUGGCAUUUAACGUAGAACGAGCCUGCCAGUCGUAUUUUGGCUGUGUGCAGUGUAUCAGUGGCCCUCUAGGGAUGUAUCGGAACAGCCUGCUACAGUAUUUUCUGGAAGACUGGUACCAUCAGACUUUUCUAGGCCAGAAGUGCAGCUUUGGGGACGAUAGACACCUCACCAACCGUGUUCUGAGUAUGGGAUACAGGACUAAGUACACAGCAAGGUCUCAUUGCCUUACAGAGACACCCACUCGGUACUUACGCUGGCUAAACCAGCAGACACGAUGGAGCAAGUCAUAUUUCCGGGAGUGGUUGUACAAUGCCUUAUGGUUCCACAAACACCACCUCUGGAUGACCUAUGAGUCAGUUGUAACAGGUUUCUUUCCAUUCUUUUUGAUGGCCACAGUAGUACAACUGUUUUACCGUGGGCGUGUCUGGAACAUUCUCCUUUUUCUGCUAACAGUGCAGCUGGUGGGUAUUGUGAAGGCGGCCUAUGCAUGCUGCCUGCGCGGUAACGCUGAGAUGAUCUUCAUGUCUCUCUACUCACUCCUGUACAUGACCAGUCUUUUGCCUGCAAAGAUGUUUGCUUUGAUAACCAUAAAUAAGGCAGGCUGGGGCACAUCUGGACGUAGAAAACUGGUAGUGAACUUCAUAGGCAUAGUUCCUGUAUCUGUAUGGUUCUGUGUCCUUCUGGGAGGGUUGGCAUACACAGCAUAUUGGCAGAGCCAGGACCCCUUCACUGAGACUGAGUUACUUUUUCUGGUGUCUGGUGCCAUUCUGUAUGCCUGUUACUGGUUAGCCUUGCUCAGUUUGUAUCUAUCGGUAAUAGCCAGGAGAUGUGGGAAAAGACAGGAGCUGUACAGCUUGGCACUGGCAGAGGUGUGAGGUUGCUUUGCAGAUCAGACUGGGGAAUGAGGCUUGGCACAGUACUCCAGCGACUCAUUGCCUUGCACGAUCAUGGAUGUACAAUGCAUCACAGUCAUUUCAGUAUGACCCA